AGACUGGAGCAGCCGAUCAUAUAAUUCUGAUUAUUUUGGCAAAUACGACACGUGUUCGACACGACGCGGCUUCUCAUAAUUUGGAGCUCAAACGUCCGUUCCAAAAGAAGAGCUCAGAAUAAUAUGGUGUAUCUCUUCUGCCCCUACUGCGCGAAUCUACUCCGGUUUCAGGAAAACGCGACCGGAAAUCGAUUCGCGUGUCGCACGUGUCCCUAUAUCUACAGGAUCAGGAAGGCGGUGACCACGCGCACGUACUUUAACGAGAAGGUGGCGGAGACGAUCGUCGUCAACAAGGAGACCUCGUGGGCCGGCGUCGAUUCCACGGACGAGCGUUGCCCCAAGUGUUCGCAUCCUCGUGCGUAUUUCUGGCAAUUGCAAACUAGAUCUGCCGACGAGGGCAUGACUCUCUUCUACAGAUGCUGCGAUCACUCGUGCGGACACACUUGGCGAGUCAACACGUAAAUUUGUGGAAGCAAACAUCCCAGGAGGGAGGCAUCCGGUGUAUCAUGAGUCCCAGCUCGAUGGGCCCCACG